UUGACCCACCGAGGAAUUGCCUCUUAGCCACCCACCAAGAAAACUCAACUGCAUUCAACCUCUUGCCAUUUGCCAAAUAACCAAGUAUUUGUCUACGUUAGCAUCACUUUUCUCGGUUCACACCACUUGUCACGCAACUUCACCUUUAAAACCCCCUCACUCCUCAGUGUCCUUCAACUCUCCUUCCUCAAUUUCAGUACCCUUUCACUCUCCACCCAAACUUCAUUACACUCUCCUCUACGUCUCUCGAAUUAGAUCGAAAGGUUCUCCCUUUGUUGUGCGUUUUCCCCCCCAAGUGUUCGGAAAUCAGAUGGCUUUAGAAGCUCCUAACUCUCCAACAACAGCUGCUACGUCUCCUUUCCACUUUGAGGAUAGCAACUUACACUCCCUGGAAUCAUUCACCAAGCGUAAGCGUUCAAAGCGACCACGUUUCGAUCACGUUACGACCGAGGAAGAGUACCUCGCUCUGUGUCUGAUCAUGCUAGCACGCGGUCGUGAAGCCAACUCCUUCGACACUUGUUCCACUCCUCACCGCCAUCGCUCUCCUACUCCAACAGAGCAGAAGCUUAGCUACAAUUGUAGUGUUUGCAACAAGUCCUUUAACUCUUACCAGGCUUUGGGUGGCCACAAAGCCAGCCACCGUAAGCUUUCAGGUGGCAACGAAGACCAGUCAACGUCAACAACCAAUCCCGCGAGUGCCGGUGGAGUUAUUUACCCAAGCGGUAAAUCCCACGCGUGUUCCAUCUGCCACAAAAGCUUCCCAUCUGGCCAGGCCUUGGGAGGCCACAAGCGAUGCCACUAUGAAGGUGGGACUGGGAAUAGUUCUAGCGGCGUGACCACAUUCGAAGGAGAGGGCUCAACCAAUACCAUGAACCAUAUCAGCCGAAGGGUCGAGUUUGACCUCAACCUUCCAGCUUUGCCAGAAUUCUCACCGGCUAAUUUCUUUGUACCUGACGUUGAUGAUGAGUUGGAAAGUCCACGCCGCGCUAAGAUGCCGCGUGUGUUGGUGCAGAUUCCACCCAAAAUUGAAGUCAACUAAAGAAUUCCAAGUUAGAAGCCUUGUUUUUAGUUGCGUAGGAAUUAAUUAAAUUUUCGACCAGAUUGAUGUAUUUUCUUUUGGUUUUCUAAGACAUUU